UGGUUGUUGCCUUUCAACCGAGGCAGCAGUAGGAGCCAGAGUAACCGAGCAGCACUUGAACGCGGCAUCAGACCUCAGGUUCCUCACAGUACAGACACACAGGCAAGCAGCAGCGUCUUCAUGGUGGUCGACGUUAUCCAGCAAAUACACCGUCGUGGCGGGGUUGAUGUUUCGGGGACACUACCGCAGUUCGACAGCGAACCGGAGCAUGUAGGGAGCGUCGAAACGUCUUUGAGUCGUACUGCACGCGGCAGACGUAGUCGGCGUUGAAUACAAAAGGAGCCGCCGAAAAAGAGACGAUGGUUGGGAGAGCAGAAGAGGAGCUCCAGUGUACUGACAAGCUCAAAACACUUUUAAGGUUAGGAAAGAAAUUCAUCUAGUAUGUCGGACCCAAGUCAACCGAGCCAGAGCAAGUCCCAUUUAUUUCCUGGAGCCUUGCUGAAGCGCUCAAAAAGCUGUCGCAGCAACAACAGGAAGAGCCUCUGUGUCGGAACGCCAUCACCCACUUUGUCCCGACCUCUCUCCCCCCUCUCAGUCCACACAGCUGCAAGCAGCCCACUGGACAGCCCCCGGAAUGUGUCGACUAGUGCCUGCCUCAACUUUCCGUUUGCACGAAGUCACUUGGCUCGUGCGGACAGAGCUGAGGGCCGUAGAUGGUCCCUGGCAUCCCUCCCCUCGUCGGGCUAUGGAACCAACCCACCAAGCUCCACUGUUUCAUCCUCGUCAUCCUCCCAGGAGCGCCUUCAUCAGCUUCCCUAUCAGCCAACCCAAGAUGAGCUACACUUCCUUUUCAAACACUUCCGCAGCACAGACAGUAUAACCGACGAGGAUGGCCGGCCCACGACCGUCAUGCGACCUCGCUCUCGGAGCCUGAGCCCCGGGCGAUCAAACGUCUCCUUCGACAACGAGAUAGUCAUGAUGAACCAUGUUUACAGAGAACGAUUUCCAAAGGCCACAGCCCAGAUGGAGGAGCGAUUGUUGGAAAUUGUUACCCACUGUUCUCCAGACAGCUCCCUCCCACUGGCCGAUGGGGUGUUGGGUUUCAUCCAGCACCAGUUGGUCGAGUUGGUUCGUGACUGUUUGGAGAAGUCCCAGAAAGGUCUGGUUACAUCUCGCUACUUUGCUGAACUGCAAGAAAAGUUGGAAAAGCUGCUUCAUGAGGCCUACGAGCGCUCGGAAAGUGAGGAGGUGACCGUCAUCAUCCAGCUGGUGAGGAAAAUCCUGAUCAUAAUCUCUCGGCCGGCCCGCCUCCUUGAGUGUCUGGAGUUUGAUCCGGAAGAGUUCUACCACUUGCUUGAGGCAGCAGAAGGUCACGCCAAAGUCGGCCAGGGAAUCAAAUCAGACAUCCCUCGAUACAUCAUCAGCCAGUUGGGUUUGACGCGAGACCCUUUAGAGGACAUGGUACAGCUUCAACAGUACGAUUGCAGUCCCUCUGUGUCUAUUGAACAAGAUGUCGAGAAUAAAACCCCUCAGGCUGUGACCCCAACACGACGGAAACCCUUUGAGAGCGAUUUUGAGACCAUUAAACUCAUCAGUAAUGGGGCUUAUGGGGCUGUGUAUUUGGUCCGGCACAAGGAGACUCGCCAGAGGUUUGCCAUGAAAAAGAUAAAUCGGCAGAACCUCGUCUUGAGGAACCAGAUUCAGCAGGCAUUUGUGGAGAGAGACAUCUUGACUUUUGCAGAGAACCCCUUUGUUGUGUCCAUGUUCUGUUCUUUUGAGACAAAACGCCACCUCUGUAUGGUCAUGGAGUAUGUGGAGGGCGGUGAUUGCGCCAACUUGCUGAAGAACAUGGGUCCUCUACCUGUAGAAAUGACAAGGAUGUAUUUUGCCGAAACCGUCCUGGCCCUGGAGUACCUUCACAAUUACGGCAUAGUGCACCGAGACCUCAAACCUGACAAUUUGCUUAUCACAUCCAUGGGCCACAUUAAGCUAACUGACUUUGGCCUGUCCAAAAUUGGCCUGAUGAACAUGACCACCAAUCUUUAUGAGGGUCACAUGGAGAAAGACACAAGAGAGUUUGUUGAUAAACAGGUGUGUGGCACUCCAGAGUACAUUGCUCCAGAGGUUAUUCUCAGGCAGGGAUACGGGAAGCCAGUAGACUGGUGGGCGAUGGGAAUCAUCCUCUAUGAGUUCCUGGUCGGCUGUGUUCCAUUCUUCGGUGACACUCCAGAGGAGCUUUUUGGCCAAGUUGUCAGUGAUGAUAUCAUUUGGCCCGAAGGAGAUGAUGCUUUACCGAUGGAUACUCAGGACAUGAUUAUCCAUCUCCUGAGGCAAAGCCCCCUUGAAAGACUGGGAACUGGUGGGGCCUCAGAGGUCAAGCAGCACACCUUCUUCGUGGGCUUGGACUGGAAUGGACUAUUACGACAAAAAGCUGAAUUCAUCCCUCAGCUAGAUGCAGAAGAUGAUACGAGCUACUUUGACACUCGAUCCGAGCGUUAUCAUCAUAUGGCGUCUGAUGACGAUGAGGAAACCAAUGAUGAAGAGUCUUCCCUGGAAAUCAGGCAGUUUUCCUCCUGGUCGCACCGUUUCAGCAAGGUUUACAGCAGCACAGAACAUUUGCCAACACCAUCCAAUUUGAGCUUCUCAUCCGACCGCAGUCAUAGUGAGGACAAAGAAGACCGCGUAGACGUUGGAGGGCUUAGUCCCUCUACAGGCCCAGCAGAGGGCGUACUGGAGCCGAGACUCACAGGACGCAUGGCCAGCCUUUGCCCCCGUGCAUCACCCAGUUCCUCCCAGUCUGAGAGGAGCACCAGUCCUCUGGUGAUGAGCAGCACCCACAGCCUAGAGAUGACGCCCCGCUUUGCUGUCUCCACAGAUGACGAGGCUGAGGUAGUUGUUUCCAAACUUCGGAGGAUCAGGAUCCGUAGCAACAGCACAGGGGCCAAACACUCGUCCCCCAAAGAUCCGGCUGGCCUACGAUGUUUUGGUAACCAACUAGAGACACCAGACAGACAGAGGCUUCCCUAUGGAGGCAAGGUUCCCAAGUCUGCCUCUGUAUCAGCUCUGUCUCUCAUCAUCACCCCAGAUGACUCCCCAAGCGGCCUCCAGCCCAGUCCCAUCUCCCCGCGGUCAUUGUCCUCCAACCCCUCCUCUCGUGACUCCUCCCCCAACCGGGACCUGUCAUUCAGUCCCGGUAGCCUGAAACCGCCCAUCAUCAUUCACACUUCAGGCAAGAAGUAUGGCUUCACAAUGCAGGCCAUCCGCGUCUACAUGGGCGACAGUGACGUCUACACGGUGCAUCACAUGGUGUCGAGUGUUGAUGAGGGCAGUCCAGCCUACCAGGCAGGGCUACGAACUGGAGACCUCAUCACUCAUGUGAACGGAGAGUCUGUCCAAGGCCUGGUUCACACCGAGAUGAUAGAACUACUGUUAAAGAGUGGCAGCAAGGUGGUGCUCCAAACCAUCGCGCUUGAGAAUACAACCAUCAAAGUUGGUCCAGCUCGAAAGACCAAACACAAAGGAAAGAUGGCCCGUCGCAGCAAGAGGAGCAGGAGGAGAGAUAACUAUGAUAGGAGACGCAGCAUCUUGAAAAAGUUAUCUAAGCAGAGCACCGUGAUGCACAGCAGUCGCAGCUUCUCGUCAGGUCUCCACCACUCCGUUUCUUCUAGUGAGAGUCUUCCAGGUUCCCCGACUCACAGCCUCUCUCCAGGCCCCUCCACACCCUGCCGAAGCCCUGCGCCCGACCAUCAGGCCUUUGAUAACUCUCCUCAGAGCACGUCUCCUUGCUCCAGUUCUCCUAGUUCCCCUGCCGCGCACAUCCGACCCAGCUCUCUCCACGGUUUGGGUUCCAAGCUCAGCAGUCAGCGUUACACCAAGGUGGGCCGCCGGAAGUCAACGAGCAACAUCCCGCCUUCACCUCUCGCAUGCUCCUCGUCCUCUGCACAGCCGCUUUCUCCACAGCGCUCCCCCUCGCCGCUGCCAGGCUACGCCAAAACACUUCACCCCUUUCGUGGCAAAACCCUGUCACCGCCGACCAUUGUUAGACACAUUGUUCGGCCCCGCAGUGCAGAACCGCCUCGAUCUCCCCUCCUCAAAAGGGUCCAGUCAGCUGAGAAACUAUCGGGAAUGUACCACGCUGAUAAGAAGUCGUACACCCCUCGCAGGCACACGCUGGAAGUGCCCUUUUAUGGUGAGGGGGAGCUGCUUGUUGAUUCGGAAGCAGAGGGGGGCUUUGCAGGCUCUCACCUGGGGGUUGACCACUCCAGACUCUGCAGCUACUUGGGCGGCCAGAGGAUGUGGGACUCCGGGCUGGAGCGAUCAGAGCAGCUGGUCGUGAUGCGAAAGCUCAACCUCUCGGAGCGUCGUGACUCCUUUAAAAAACAGGAAGCAGUGCAGGAAGUGAGCUUUGACGAGCCUGAGGAAAAAAUGAGCAGUACAGCCGCCCCGGGUGCUCAACAAACACAAACACAAGCCCAGAAACAGCUGGAACACAGGACCACUUGGCUGGCCGAGGCUCGAUCGCAAAAUAGCGAGGAGGUGGAGCUGAAAGUGCCCACGGUGAGGAGGUUCACCCUCGUGCCCCAGAUCGCCGUGCAGGGCUCGACGGAGAGCGAGGAACAGGAUGAGUGGGAGCCGUGUUCAGAUGGGGAGGAGGCCCAACAGGAGCUCAUGAUCACUUCAUCUCAGCCGCAGCAGCACGUGGACCUCCUUUACAAUAAGACGAGCUGUAGUCAGGAAAAAGACGCGUCCAGUUCCACACAAGUAGGACCAUCAGAAGAUAAGGCCGAGUGCAGACAGGAGACACCACAAAAAGCACAGAGACAGCUCACCCUGCACUAAGGGAGGUGAAAUAGUGGCAGAUUUUACUUGAAUUUUGUACUGUACAUAUUUGCUUUGUGGACCUGCUGGUCGUAUUUAUUACAAUUGUAAAGCACGGUGCGGUAUUAAGCGGAGGCAAGAGAAGUUGUCAAUGGUUGAAUAGCCAAGGCUCAACUUUUUGUAUUCAUGAAAUGUGCUUUUUGCCUUUAUGACUGGAUGUUAAUUGUUGGAUUUUAUUUUUUAUAAAUGUCUAUUUUUAAAUAAAUUGCUGUGGUACCAAGUA